CUCUAGCGUACCAGACGGGGUUGAAAUCUUUUCAACACACAAUGGUUGGGGGAGUUUAUUUUGUGAUUUUUUAUGUAACCCUGGUCUUCCUUCUGACAGGCUCUGUGAGAGGCUUGUUCCUGAAGGAGCAAAGCAGAAAUGCAGACGUGAACCAAGGGCUCAGCAAAGCUAUCUUAGAAAUGCUACACAUCACGAAAGUGUCGACGAUUCAUCAGGCCAUCCCGCAUCCUUACAUGAAGAGGAUCUAUCAGCAUCUGGAGUCACUGGAAGCUCAAGACUUUGGAAGAUCAGAUGGAAUCCUGGUGCAGAGUUUUCGAAGUGUUGAUGGGCCACAUCAUGCUCCCCAAGGAUGGAUCUGGUUCAACAUCAGCAGCCUGAACCCGUCCAUGCUGGGUGCAGAGUUGGUUCUGUACAGAAAGACCCUCCAUUCACGCCCUCUCAGUGUGACUGUGACCCUGCACAGCAUCAUCACAUCACAGGACAAUCUAAAUGAAAUUCCUGCCCUCGAGGAGAGGCAGCUGACGCUGGACCAGCGACCCUCUUCUGGGUACGAUGUGUUCGAUGUGUCAGCUGUUUUGGCUGUGAAGCCACUGGAAGUGGUUGGCUUCCAGCUCAGGUAUACAGACGAGAGUGGGAGUUUGGUCCUUCAUGAGGCACUAACACAGAGUCUUUAUAGUCUGAACAGAGGCUCUCUGCAGGAACCCUUACUGGUGCUUCACGAAGCAAGUUCUCUUCAGCUUUAACUCCAUCACCAUGACCUCUGCUGGGAUGACAACUGAAACCUCUAAUACUAAACUCACUUACAUUUCCAAAGAUGAUCCAUGGAAAAAAGCUAUUGGUUUAACUACUCUAGUAACUGAUGGUCUGCAUUUGUAAUCAGGAUAUUAUGUUUCUAGUGAGUCACUGAAGUGAUUCUGAAACCAUGUGGCUAUUAUUCUGCAGAUUUUGUCUGAUAAGCGCAACAUCAAUCAGAUUAAUUGAUAACUCAAUAAUUCAAACAGUCAGCUGACAAUAAUGAGAAUUUCUGAAGGUUAUAAACAGUUAAUUUCUUACCUAAAGAAGGAAACGGUCUUCGUUUAGCAUAAAUCCAGACUGGUUAGUGUUGGUGGCUGAAGCUGAAAGGGACCAUUGACCGAAGCGGACUUCUGUCUUAAUACAUUCUUGUCUCAAAAACAUCUUAGCGGUUAAUGUAAAUGCUAUUUUAUCUACCUUUAAACCAUUGUCACAUUUACACAGAAAUCCCUGGUAAAUGUCCACUCGUUUGAUUGUGUUCUUCCUACAUGUAACUGUAUUUACUUUCCCUUCAUGUGUUUGUUUAAUUGACACCAUAUAUAAAGCAAAGAUGUUCCUCUUAAGGCAGAAGCCUUCAUUUGCCACCAUCAGUGCGGCCUUUCUUUCUUUCUUUCUUUCUUUCUUUUUUUCUUUCUUUUUUUCUUUCUUUCUUUCGUUCUUUCUUUCUUUCUUUCUUUCUUUCUUUCUUUCUUUCUUUCGAGAAUAAUAUGAUGAGACCUGCAAAGGGAUGUUAAAAGUCUUUCAAGAAGAGUGCUUGAUGAUGUCACCAUUCAGCUAAUAUCUUUACCGGAGCUUCAAUAAAUGUUUCUGUUUUCAGCAAAAUGAGAAAAAAAGGUUAAUUUGACAAAUAUAAAAUAUUCGUAAUUAAUUAGGAAUGACUAUUGAGU